AUGGUGGAAUCGAAGAAGAUCGAAACGGUACAUUCAUCACUCGUCACCUAUGCUUCUAUGAUAUCUCUUCACACACUUGCUCCUCCUUUCGUCAAUCUACUGCAUGUAUGUUUCAGGUUUGGGAUAUUCAACCCAACAAUCGUUUAUGAUCAUUUGGGGGAGAUAUAUUCCACACUCAGCUUUGGGAGCUUUAUCUUUUGUAUUUUCUUAUACAUAAAAGGUCAUUUGGCACCAUCUUCUACUGAUUCUGGUUCAAGUGGGAACAUAAUCAUCGAUUUUUACUGGGGUAUGGAGUUCUAUCCACGCAUUGGAAAAUAUUUUGACAUAAAAGUUUUCACAAACUGCAGAUUUGGAAUGAUGUCGUGGGCUAUUCUGGCACUUACUUACUACAUAAAGCAGUAUGAAGAAAAUGGGAAGGUAGCUGACUCAAUGCUUGUAAAUACUACAUUAAUGCUGGUGUAUGUUACCAAGUUUUUCUGGUGGGAAGCUGGAUACUGGAACACAAUGGAUAUUGCACACGAUCGAGCUGAAUUUUAAAUUUGUUGGGGCUGUUUGGUUUUGGUUCCAUCAGUGUAUACAUCUCCUGGAAUGUACCUUGUCAACCAUCCAGUGAAUCUUGGCACCCAGCUAGUACUCUUUAUUUUAGUGGCUGGCAUUAUGUGCAUAUACAUCAAUUAUGAUUGUGACAGGCAAAGGCAAGAGUUUCGUAGGACAAAUGGAAAGCUUGGUCUGGGGAAAAGCUCCAUCAAAGAUAAAGAUAUAGAAGCCUCAUAUACCACUUCUUCCGGAGAAACAAAAAGAAGCCUUCUUUUAACCUCUGGAUGGUGGAGAUUAGCUCGUCAUUUUCAUUAUGUACCUGAAAUACUAGCUGCAUUCUUCUGGACAGUCCCAGCUCUUUUCAAUCACUUCUUGCCUUACUUAUACGUGAUAUUUCUUAUUAUCCUUCUUUUUGAUCGAGCAAAAAGGGAUGAUGAUCGAUGCAGAUCCAAGUAUGGAAAGUACUGGAAACUCUAUUGCGACAGGGUACCUUACAGAAUCAUUCCAUGAAUAUAUUGA